AUGGAAGUGAGGUUAUAUGCUCCGGUGGUUGUGAGGUUAGUUUUCCAUAUAAAGUGCAUUAAGACUGAUCUAGAGGGCAGAAAGACAAGGUCUUACAAGGACUGGAAGUGUAAAAUCUGCAGAUCAUCUCAACCUGACCAACCUAACGUGAGUAAUGAUCUAAACAUUGAUACUGAUUGCCUAAUUAAGAUCUCUGAGGAACUUGCCAACCUAAGAAAGGAGAUGAGUAAACUCCGUGCAUCAGUUGAGUUUAUGUCUGAUAAAACAGACUCUACAAUACCAAUCAUGAAAGAAAUUAAAAAUGAACUAGCCUUGGUAAGGAAAGAAAAUGAGCAAUUGAAAGUAAUUAACAAAAGCCUAACCUCUGAUGUAUACGAGCUGCAAGACCGAGUGAGAUCUCUUGAGCAGUAUACUAGGAAAAAUAAUAUAGAGAUCAGCGGAUUACCAUCAUCGCCUAAUGAAAACAUACUCGACAUACUGAAGGAUGUGAGCCAAACGAUAGGCGUAGAGCUGGAAGAUAGUCAUAUCUCGGCUUCCCACCGCAUACCGUCAUACAGCAGGCAGCGAACACCAUCCAUAAUAGUCCAGUUCCAAAGGAAGGCAUUAAAGGACACUUGGAUUACCAAAUACAGAGAAAAGAGAAAUUUAAGUGCUAAACAGGUAAAUAAAACUUUUCCCGAUCAAAGGGUCUUCAUCAGUGAUCAUCUGUCCCCGGAAAACAAAAGGUUCUUAUCAAAGCUAAAGAUAAAAUGUAAGGACAUAGGCUACAAGUUCGCCUGGAGUAGAGAUGGAAAAUUUUUUGUUAGGAAAAAUGAAGGGGAAAAAUGCCAGAAGAUUGUGACCAAUGAUGACAUUGAAAAACUCAAGUAA